AUGGUCAUUCAACAAAAGCCACUUGAUGUAACAAAACCAGUUACAAAAGAUGUAUUUGAUGAUGAAUCUUCUGACGAUGAGUUUGGUCUUCAUAAGAAAAAGAUUCUUGAACUGAAACCAAAACCACAAGAUACAAAGGACGAUGUUUUGUCUAAACCACUCACUGAACCCAAACCGACAGAUAAGAUUGAUCAAAAACCUUCUGACGUUGUUAUUCCAAAACCACUUGAUGUAACAAAACCAGUUACAAAAGAUGUAUUUGACGAUGAAUCUUCUGACGAUGAGUUUGGUCUUCAUAAGGAAAAGAUUCCUGAAGUGAAACCAAAACCACAAGAUACAAAGGACGAUGUUUUGUCCAAACCACUCACUGAACCCAAACCGACAGACAAGAUUGAUCAAAAACCUUCUGCCAUUGUCAUUCCAAAACCACUUGAUAUAACAAAACCAGUUACAAAAGACGUAUUUGACGAUGAAUCUUCUGACGAUGAGUUUGGUCUUCAUAAGGAAACGAUUCCUGAACUGAAACCAAAACCACAAGAUACAAAGGACGAUGUUUUGUCCAAACCACUCACUGAACCCAAACCGACAGAUAAGAUUGAUCACAAACCUUCUGACCUUGUUAUUCCAAAACCACUUGAUGUACCAAAACCAGUUACAAAAGACGUAUUUAACGAUGAAUCUUCUGACGAUGAGUUUGGUCUUCAUAAGGAAAAGAUUCCUGAACUGAAACCAAAACCACAAGAUACAAAGGACGAUGUUUUACCCAAACCACUCACUGAACCCAAACCGACAGACAAGAUUGAUCAAAAACUUUCUGCCAUUGUCGUUCCAAAACCACUUGAUAUAACAAAACCAGUUACAAAAGAUAUAUUAGACGAUGAAUCUUCUGACGAUGAGUUUGGUCUUCAUAAGGACAAGAUUCCUGAAAUGAAACCAAAACCACAAGAUACAAAGGACGACGUUUUGUCUAAACCACUCACAGAACCCAAACCGACAGAUAAGAUUGAUCACAAACCUUCUGACGUUGUUAUUCCAAAACCACUUGAUAUAACAAAACCAGUUACAAAAAAUGUGUUUGAUGAUGAAUCUUCUGACGAUGAGUUUGGUCUUCAUAAGGAAAAGAUUUCUGAAAGGAAACCAAAACCACAGGAUACAAAGGACGAUGUUUUACCCAAAACACUUUCCGAACCCAAACCGACAGACAAGAUUGAUCAAAAACCUUCUGACGUUGUUAUUCCAAAACCACUUGAUGUAACAAAACCAGUUACAAAAGAUGUAUUUGACGAUGAAUUUUCUGAUGAUGAGUUUGGUCUUCAUAAGGACAAGAUUCCUGAAUUGAAACCAAAACCACAAGAUACAAAUAACGAUGUUUUGUCCAAACCACUCACUGAACCCAAACCGACAGAUAAGAUUGAUCACAAACCUCUGACGUUGUUAUUCCCCAAACCACUUGAAAUAUAA